ACCGCCGCCGACAUGUCGCAGUCUCCGAGUGCCGUUCGUCAGAACAGGGACGUCGAUCAAUAAUUAUUUAUUUUUGUCGCUGUUGUCGUCGUUGCGUUGACUGCAGUUUUAUAUUGUCUCGAAAGAGUGUUUUUCUAUAUCUGCACAUAAUAUUCGGUUUUCCGGUUUUUUUGUUUAAGACAUCUCAUUUGUCGCUUCCAAAUGAAUAAUGGCCAACACCGCUGCGCCGACCAUGUGUAGUUUUAGUCGCUGGUCCGCGGCAGCGGCUGGUCUCUUGUUUUUGUUGUCGUUGACUUUAGGUCACCAGGCCACCGCGGACGUCCGGCAUGUCCGGCACAAGAGGACGGUAUCGGAUCUCAUGGAAGGACUCAUGAACGCCAUGCACUUUCACGUGGAUCCAAUGCCCUUACCAUCCACCGUAAUCGCCCGAAUCACUCAUUUGUCGACACCCAGCAAAGUUUACAAGUACGUUCCAGUCCAAACAUUAAAGUUAUCAAAAUUGCGUGCUCGUCAAGUAGCUGAACCAAAAUUAAGACUAAAAUAUCCGAAAAAAAUUUCAAUAGCCACAGAAGACUCGUCGUUGACAUUGUUGAAAAACGAUCUUCCGUGGACGUUACACCCGCUUCCACCUCCUUUGCCAACGUCCAAAACGAUCAAGCUCGAGGUGGACAAAUCAAUGCCGUGGGCAUUGCACCCGCUCCCACCGCCCGUAAAGACGAAAACUUAUUCUGAUUUCUAUUGGCCGGACUCUAAGACACGGCCAAAGUUCUAUUACAAGUCGAAACCGUCGAAGCCAUACCGUUAUGUGAAUAAUAAUAACUAUAAAUACAAGAAUACGAAGUCCCAUGUCAAUUUCAAACCGACUUCGGAAUAUAGCAAGCCCGCUGUCGGUUAUAGUUCCGUCGUCGAUCAUGAUACCAAGACAAACGAUUACAACAGUCACGCUGAUCACAAGCCCGCCGAUUACAAUAGUAAUAACAAUAACGACAAUAAUUACGAUCACGUCGGCUACUCGCCGGAUAGUUUCAAGUACGUCGACUACAAGCACAUCGAUUACAAGCAUAUCGAUUACAAGUCUCCAGACUACAAGUCCGAAUACUCGAAGCAUACGAUGGGAGGAGAACUGCACGAAAUCAAUGACGACGGCGACGGCGACCAUUACGACCACAACGACAACGACGUUUACCAUUAUUCGCACGACGAUCACUCGGGCCGAAUCAACGAUUCGCCGUCGCCGUCGUCGCCGCCUACUUCCGAAUACGUGUCGCACAUCACCAUCGAACCGUCCAUUCAAAUAGCGUCGUUUUCCGAAACGGAACUGCAAGGCGACGGGACGAAUAAGGACAGCAGCAGCCUGUCUCAGAACGAUGCGAAACACAGGUCGUGCCAGUGUACGAUAAACGGCCACCGGCAUAAACGUGACGUAGAUGGCGACGACGGUCCUCGCCGACCUUGGACUGCAAUCAAUGGUACCGUAGCGGUCGCCCACGUCGACCCUACCGACAACCGUACUGCGAUCCGGAAGCCAACGGAUUCGAACGCGGCGCAGUCCUCGCGGAACGCGUACUUCGCACCACCGCGAGUCGGACAUGCCACCGACGUGCAAAUAAUCAAGUCACACGACAUCACCGAUCAAUCGAUGAUCAACGGUCACGGUCUUGCGGACGACCCUAGCCGUGCGCACGGCGCUUCAGGUUCUGCGAACGGUCCCGGACUCGCGGUGAACGGCGUGGGUUAUGUGCAACGGGUGCGCAACAUGAACAACGACCAUCCGGUCAUUCGGCUGCCACCCGCCGAAGCGGAUCAUCACGUACAGACGAAAAAGAACGACGCUCACGCGUUCAGGGACGAUAGCGACAAAUUCAAAGUGGACUUUGGUCGCGACAUCAAUAAUGCACGCGACGAGUCGAAAUCGGCUGCCAACAAGCAAGGACUGCAGUACUCGCUCAUCAAACAGGACGUGGGAAGCGGAGGCGGAGGCGAAGGAGGAAGUGAUGUCGGUAACUCCRGAUUUGCAGACGAUUUCGGAAACAGACCGACCCGGGACAGACCGGACACAMAUGGCAGAGUUUAUCACACCGUCAGAAGCAAAGUGGAGAACUCGGAUCGAGGAGUUUCGUUCAGCGUGCAGACUCCGUUUUCCGUUUCCAGUUUUUCGUCAAACGUCCGACAUCCGGAAGAACGUCAUUCUCGGUUUCGUUAYACCGGACGCAAAUCCGAGUCGUCCGCAUCGCCAUCGCCGUCACCGUUKUUGUCGACCUUCCAGACGGGAUACGCAGAACCACCGCUGGAUUUUGAGCAAUUCGGCUUGAAGUCGGCUCUGGACGACUACCAUCCAAUCAGUCACGAUUAUUUUUCGAGUGACUUGUUUGAAGACAAACAGCCGGAAUCUGUAACAGAUGAUCGGUUUUCAUCUCGAUUUCCAGAGAGCUUCAGCGUGAAAAGUCGACCUAGUUCCGGGGUCGCGGGUCGACCAAUUUCGCACUUUUCUAAAGAUUUCGGCCUCGACAACGACGACCGGAGUCGUUUGAAAUCGUUCCGAUACAACGCGAAAAACGGGCCAUCGCAGUCGGUCGACGAUCUGUUCGACAUCCGGUCGAAGGGCGGACGUUCGUCCAACGAACAAUCGGUCUUGGAAUAUUUCCAGCCGGUYGUUAUCGACUUCGACAAAUCAAAACAGGAUAACAACGAUUUCAAAUCGUUCGGUGGCAACAGCAAUACCAACCACGGUGGAAUCGACAAAUCGAGGUACUUCAGUAAAACGGAUACUUCGAUUUUUGGGAAAUUAAAAAAAAAUCAGAAUUCGGAUCAUCUUCGUUUACCCGGCCGUCUGCACGAAUCCAACGAGAACUUGUCGAGGAAAAUGCUUUUACAUCCUUCCACAUUCGACAUAGAUUAGCACGAUAUUUAUACAUAAUWGCGCGUAUAUAUAGGUCGCUUGUAUAACUGUUUAAACGUGUUUUCGUAUAAACCGUGAUUUACUUACAACCAUCAGAUUAUGCGAUAGGUAUUUUAAAAAAAAAACAUGUUUUGCCAUUAUACGCUCUUUGUGUUUAUUAUUAUUAUCGUUAUUAUUACUGUUUUAAGACAAUGUACGCAUAAGUAUUUCCAGCCCUGUAAUUAAAAAUAAUUGAAAUUUUUUCAUAUAAAUACUAUAUAAUAUACAAUUGAUAUUGAUCGGUUGA